GUCUCAUUAGGUCUGAUGUAAGGAGUGCUCUAUUUAAACGGAUGCAUGGAAACGAAUCCCUCUUAUUGUACUCGUACUGGUCGUACGACUUCAGAGAAAACUAUGGAAGAUGGUAAUUUAAUAAACACUAAAGACGAAAAAAUCGCUACAGCAUCAUUGGCCAAUUUGUAUAGUGAACGAUCUUGUAAACUGAGAACUAACGGACAUGAUUUUGCUGGUGAACCGUCCAUUCCUCACGACAAACCAUUUGAACAUAGACGACACAGUGCCGAUACACUGCAGGAAGACAAGUUCGGAAAACGCAUUAAUCCACUUAGAAUACACCUCGGUAAACGGCCUUUCGUGGAUAAUUCCCUACCGUACAAUAGUGUAAACAAAAAAAGGAAGCCAUUUGUGAUCAAGUCUUGUGAAACUAGUACUCCCAAAAAUGCUCCUCCUAGAGUGCCUAAAUUAAUUCCAAAGCACUUAGACCACAGUCAAUUUCACAAUGCUACAGCUCAAGUGGACAAUACUUUGGACAAUGAACAAGAUAAACCCGUGCCUCGACUUGUGCCUAAGAGUCAGCUUUCACAGUUUAAAAAAAGUAAAGUGGAAAAAGGUAACCCGUUGAAAGAAUAUGCUCAAAGCUUAGGUUUACAGCCAAUGGUGAAGUUUAAGUGUCGAAAGUGUUGUUCUAUGUCUUUUAAAACAUUGGCUAUGUUAAAAGAGCACCAACAUGUUUGCCGAGCCCAAGCCAAGGAGCCGACAUUAAGUCCCGAGGCCGCACCUAACACAGAGUGUAACACAGGAGGUCCGUCUAGAGUUACACGUAAAGUGUAUCUCUGUUCAGCUUGUGGCACCUAUUAUGAGAACUGGAAUCUCUUCCUUCAUAUGCGAGAAGUUCACAAUCGGCAUAUAUGUCUUUUUUGCCUUGGAAUGUUUUCUAAAGCGGAAAAACUUUCAACACAUUUAACUAACAAACAUAAUGUGCAAGAGUUCAAUUAUGAUAGUAAAGAAGAAUUCUGUAAAGUGUACAAUGGGACCUUUUAUUUAAUGUGCUGUGUCUGUGAUGAAAUAUGUAGUGAAAAAGAUGAUUUUUUCAAUCACGAUUGUAAUAACAUUAAACCGAAACCUGUUCCUGUUCUGAUUAGUAAAAACUUGAUAAAAACCAACAGUGCAAAAUUUAGUAAAGUUGGUACUGAAACUAUGACAAAUGGACCUGCAACUGUACUAAGAGAUAUGUUGAAACCAGUUGCAGAAAAACGAGACAUGACCGAGUUAAAACCUGAGACAGUGACAUCACAAAGUCAAAGAUAUGAGGGUAAUGAUAAUAGUUAUGAUGUUACAAUUAGUGAUACAAGUUUCAGUUCAUUUAAUGAAACUACUGAAAAAGAUACAAGUAGCACUGUAGACUCUACAAAUGGUCUGAAUUGUUCGGUUACAAAAUCUUCGAGUCCUGUUGAUCAUACAUCACAUAGUAUAGAAUCUAAUAGUAAUAGUAUUCCAAACGGUAAUGAAACAUUGGAGCAAUCAGAUGACAGUGAUUCACCAGAUACUGUAGAUCAUGGUGAACCAGAGCCGGAGUACAUGCCUUCAAAACUGAGAGACCCUACUCCACCAGCUCCACAAACCCAAGAAAAGGAAAAGGAAUGUGGUAUUAAAUUAAAAUUAAGCUUAAAUAAUGCAAAUUCACCCGUCAUAAUCAACUCAACUGUAGAUCCUACUGUGGGGCAGCAAUAUGCUCAUAAACCACCCUUACGAAAUAGAAGGCCACCUAAAAGGUUUGAAAAAGAUAAACCUCCAGACCUAGCACCUGUGGUGAAACCUCCAUCAAUUAAAAUGACAAUUUGUGAUAAAGCUGAUAGUCCAUUUGUGAAAACUACUUUUAUUGAGAAUGAUAAAGAGACCACAUUAAAAACUCUUGUAAAUAACAACGUAGACACAUUAAAUACGACAUCGGAGUUUAAAUCUGAAAACUUAAUUAAAUCUACAAUAUAUGACAACAAGUUAGAUGAUAUCAACACUAUGAAUAGGGUACCAAAGCUAACUGUGAGAGUUCCUAAAGAAUUUCUAGAUAAAAACUCUUCCAGUGAUUAUUCAUCAGACAGUGAUGGUGGUGAAAAGUUAAACAUUAUGGAUAAUACUGAACAAGACACAUCACAAACAUGUGAAGAAAGCAAGGAAGAAACACCAAAACUUGUCACAUCUGUUGAGUCUCAAGUACAACAAGAUGACACAGGACCAGAAAUAAAAGAAAAUCCUGAAGUGAUAGAGAAUAAAGUACAAAUUAAAGAUGUGGUCAAUCUCAAAAGUGAGCCAAAAGAAGAGCCAGCAGAGCAGAACUCGGCUGAUGAUAUUAAUGUAGAAGAAGACCCCGUUGAUCCAGUAGUAACAGAUGAUAUUCCAGUCACAGAACUCACCUUAGAUAGGCCAAUUGAUAAAUAUCCCUUAAAAGAUUUGUUAAAGGUUUUUUUGGCUUCAACAGUUUUCAAUUGUAUUUAUUGUAAUCAUGUGCGCAAGAUUGCAGUGAAUUGUGAGCAGCUUGCACUCCACAUGGUAGCUCAACAUAGAUUUUCCGCAACUGUGGACAGCAUCACUGCUGAAGAACUAAUGCCAGAGACCAUCACAGCGAAAGUGAAAGCUGGAGCAGAAGAGUUACAUACUGUUUUCAUUAAUUUAGACUCGUAUGAUAGUGUAGAUAAGUGUGAAACAGUACAAAAUGUUCAAAUGUUUGAAUGUUUUCAGUGUUAUUUUAAAACUGCUGUUCAUAAAGAUCUCUACUUGCAUAACCGAAAAUUGCACCAGAAAACAAUAUUAUUGUGUGUUAUGUGCAAGAACAAUUUUUAUAGUUAUAGUGAAUUAUUAUGUCAUUUAUGCCCUGGCACGUAUGAUUCUGAGUAUGAAAUUAAGUUUAGAUGCUGUUUUUGUAAUGUAGAUAAUAUUUCUUCAUCAUUUAGAUUAAUGGUGCAUCUUCGAAAGAUACACCACACUUGUGAUGUAUGUUUAGAAUAUUGCCAAAGUCAAGCACGUCUGUCGAAUCAUGUUUGGAAACACAAGUUGCACCAUUUAUGCUAUCGAUGUGGUAUAGCCUAUAGAAAUAAGCCAGAUAUUACUAAUCAUUUAUUUUGGAAGCAUGGAACAGAAAGUGUACUGUGUAAGAAAUGUCUACAGAAGAAAUGGCCACAUGUCUAUCAUUUUUGUACACCUCCUGCAGUAUUUGUUUGCGAUGAAUGUACAUUACAGUUUACAAGAGCAGUGUGUCUUAAAGUUCAUAAAAGAUUUCAUUCUGAAGAAUUUCCACAUGUGUGUACUGAAGAGGGCUGUUCAGAAAAGUUUGUUUCAAAGAAACUACUUAAUAAGCAUUUAGAGGAACACAGAAAAAAAUUAAUUUCAGAAGACAUAACAAAUGAGAAGCCCCCUACUUUGAAUGAAUCUAGUACAGAUAACAAUAAAGAGCCUAUUCCCGUUAUAGAUCUUGUUGACGAGAAACCAAACGAAGGAAUUCAAAGUUCCGAGAGUAAAGCUGAAAUUGGUACUGAAAAAGUGACAAAAAAAAGUAAAAAAAAGAAAAUCAAAGACAAAGAUGCUUUAUUAUUAGAUGUAAAUUUACCGGCGUUAAAUCUAUCUGAAAGUGAUAGUAGUGACGAAUCAGAUAGUGGAGUGUCUCAACCCAAUAAGGAUGAAACCUCACAAGAUAAAGUUAAAGAUGAACCUGCAGAAGAAAAAUCUGAAUGUUUAGUCAACAACGACGCAAAUGCUAUGGAUACUGAAACUCCAUUAGCAAAACUUGAAGAAAAAGACGAAGUUUCCGCAGAUGAUAAACCAAGUGAGCAACAAGUUUUAGAAAUAUGGGAUAAUUUUAAGAAGUAUCAAGCUAAAGUCGAAAAACAGAAAGAAAAAACACCUCCACUUGUCCCUAUUCGUAAACAUGUGUGCGAAUCCGAUCAUGACUACUGCGUCAUACCUACAGAUUUAAAUGGAGAAGAUGAUGCUUUCAAUUCCGAUAAAAAGAAAAAUAGAAAAUCUCCCAAGAAAAGACACGGUGAUUUAUCAUCAUCGAGCAGUAGCAGCAGUGAUAGUGAUUCUAGUUGUUCUUGUGGAUCUAAUUGCAGCUGCUCUUCUAGCAGUGGAUCUUCAUCGUCUAGUUCAUCCGAUUCUGAUUCUUCAGAUGAAUCUGGAAAUGAAAAGAAAAAGAUAAAGCCUCAGAAAAAAUCACUUCAAAAUAGAAGACUUAGUAAUGGUUCAAACGUUGAUGUCAUGGGAAUGUCUGAAACGCCCAUCUUGAUUCCAGAAAAAACUGAACCACCGAUCGCUGAAAGUGAUCUUGAAACAGACGAAAGUGAAACCGACGAAGAAUUUUAUGAUAAGCAUCCACAGCAAAUCGCAAACAAAAUGCAUAACGAGAAACGCAACCAAUUAAUGUUAUUAGCCUCUGUUGCGCCUUCAGAAGGUGGUUCAAUAUCAGGUGAGGUUAGUCGUUCUAAUACUCCAAUUAAAGAGGAAGAAGUAAAAGUAUCAGUACCAGAAAAAGAAGCAGAGGAAAAAGAGAUUAAAGAAGAGGUCGAAAUAAAAGAAAAAACUAGCAGUAGUAAAAAGAAAAGCAAAAAGAAAAAGAAAUCAAGAAGUUCUCGUAAACAUGGUCCCCUAAAAAUGACUAUUCCUAAAGAUAUUAUAGCAAAAUCGGAAUGUGAAACGCCUCCACCACCUUUGAUUCCCAAUAAAAUUACUAUAUCAUUGCAAUCGAAUACGGUUCAGUUGCCUGAGGCGCCUCCUGCGGUUGUAGCUCCAACUCCUCCAGCGAGCGCUAGUACUAUAACUCCCUCCACUGAAAGUAAACGGGCAUCGAAAAGAAGGCGAGUGCCUAACAAGUUUUACGGUUAUUCUAGUGACGAAGAUUCGCCACAAACAAUAGCAGCUUUAAAACCCCAACUACCACCCAAAUUAGAAUGGAGAAAGGAAGAUUUACCUUCACCGGUCACGCACAAAUCUAAGAAAGAGAUACCGUCAACAGUUAUUCCGCAAAGAAUGUUUAAUUACAAUGAACCAAUAAGGUUAACGACGCCGAUACCAGAUCCGGAACCUCCACGUUUUUUAAUGAAUUCUGAAUCUAUGGAAUCUAGUGAUUCAGAAUCUAGUAACGACGGAGCUUUAGAAAUUUAUCAACAAAACAAUGUAUCCAACUCGAUACCGGUUCCACCUCCGACUUAUUUAAAUUCGGGCACUUCUAGUUUGCCCUACGCGUUCCAGAGGCCAGCCGUGCGACAGGCUCGUGAAGGCGAGAGCGUGUACUGCUACUGCCGCUGUCCGUACGAUGAGGUGUCAGAGAUGAUAGCUUGUGACGCCGAUGGGUGUUCUAUCGAGUGGUUCCAUUUCGAAUGUGUAGGUAUCAUGGUACCGCCUAAAGGCAAAUGGUACUGUCCCGAAUGUAGGAAAAAUCCGAGUUUUUCAGGUUACAGAUAAGUCUAAUCAAAAUUGAUUUGUAUAUAAUUAUACUGUAUUGUUAUUUGUAUAUAACUUAUUAAUGACUGUAGAUAAUUUAGCAUUACCUGUAUAUCUUUGUAGUUAGUUCGUGUAAGUUAGGAUAUUAGGUCUGAUAAAAUGUAUCAUUGUUAUAAAAAGUACAUGUUAUGCUUGAUUCUGGCUGUGCGGCCGACUCUGUAACCUGGCGAAUUGUUACUGACAUUAUCGUAUACAGCCAAACAGAAAUAUAAAUCCAAUUUUUGAUACCAA